GUGCAUUUCUGGGAAUUUAAUUAAUUAAAUUUCCAAGCUAUAGAUAAACCGUAGAUAUAAAUACGGCUGCACUAUUGAUGGGAAAUCAUAAAGUGUCAAACAUGAAGUAUUACAUAACGUUUUUAUUGUUUUUCACACUUGCAGCUUACGCCCUUGCUAACUCUCAACCAGAGUUCAUCAUUCAGGACGCCAACGUUCCAAAUGUCAAUUUUAAACUGGACGCGCUCACAGCUUUGCAGGAAGCCUGGGAGUUGUAUCCCAACAAUAGCACCGAAAGAGACGGAGCCUACGCGGACCUCUUCCAAUACAAACACCCCCAGCCCAGCGGCUGGAACGUAGCCAGUGGUUGCCUAACAUUUAACGUCAGAAGAACAUAUUUGUUCGUCGAUAUUUUGGUCAAAUAUUAUCCAGAAAGCGAUGUAAUAAUGGAUGAUCCGACCACUUCAUCACCACCACAACCAAUUAGUGUACUUACCAAAAUUUUUAACUGAAUAAGCUUCAAUAUAAUGAUUUAUUUAUUGUAAAUUCGUACUAUUUCUAUUACACCAACUCCACAAUUUUUUUCAAAAUUAUUCGACGACUCGAAACAACUACAAUAACAGAGCAAACUGUUAAUUCAAAACCUGCAACAUUUUCCUUAAAUGUAUACAAUCUUGCAAGUAAACAACAUUACCUAACCGCAAAAUAAACUUACACAUUUACGUUA